AUCUCCUCAGGGCCCUCACACGCCAUGAGUCUGACUGCACAGUGGCUGCCGCUCGCCCUUGCCGGCGUGCAGGGCCUGGCGCCGCUCGCUGCACGCUCGAGUCAUGCGCUCGCCGUGCUCGGCGACAAGGCGUACAUCUUCGGAGGAGAGCUCAAGCCGCGCACGCCCAUCGGCGACGAGCUGCUUGUGCUCGAUCUCGCCGGCGCGGCGCCUCGCGUGCUCUCUCGCUCGUCGGCGCCAUGGCCGGCGCCACGCGUCGGCGCGACGCUCGUCUCCCAUCUGCCAUCUCGCUCGCUCUACCUCUGGGGCGGCCGCGGCGGCAAGGACAUGGCUCCGCUCGCCAUGCGUGCCGGUGCAUCGGCAGCGGCGCGCGAAGCAGGCGAGGAGGAUGUGUGGCAGUUCGACACGCGCAGCGAGCAGUGGCAGCUGCUAGCUACAGGCGAAGGCGCACCCAGUGGACGCAGCUAUCACGCAGCCACCGUCGCUGGCGACACGAUGUACAUCCACGCUGGGUGUCCGACAAAGGGCCGUCUUGAGACACUGCAUGCGCUCGACCUCAACUCGCUGCGCUGGAAGCAAUGUGCCGAUGCACCGGCGCCGGGCCGUGGAGGCACUGCCAUCGCGGCUGUGCGCUCGCCGGCGGGCGGCUCGGACGUCUUGCUGCGCUGGGGCGGCUUUGCCGGCUACGAGCUCGGCGGCCCGCUCGACGUCUACGACGUGCAGGCCAACGCCUGGACGUCGCACGCUGCACCACUCAACGAUGCCGACGGCGAGCCGCGCAAGCGCAGCGUGCACGGCUUUGUGCCGCUGCCUCCGGGCUUCUCGCGCUCGGCGGAGCAAGAUGCCAUUGCGCUGCUCUUCUUUGGCGAGGGCGAAGGCGCGCCUGCUGAGCUCGGACACGAUGGCGCCGGCAAGUUCCUCGACGAUGUCUUUGUGCUGCUGCGCUCGGCGUCGGGCACAUACGCCUUCCAAGCCGUGCAGACGGACGGCACGCUGCCGCAGGCACGCGGCUGGUUUGCUUCGGGUGUCGCCUCGGGAGCGCAGGGCAACACGUCCGUCGUGCUGCACGGCGGGCUCAACGAGCACAACGAGCGCCUUGCUGACGCCUGGAAGCUCGAGCUGCGAGCGUCUGGUGCCUGACAAGGGACUGGACUGCCGCACCGGCAAUGCAUCUGCAUCGGAAGGCUUGCAUUGGACUGCCGUGGCAUUCAUAGAGUCACGGAGCAGGGUCAGAGAGGAGAGGGCAUGUACAGGUCGCUGCGAGCUCUGCCGGUAGCCAGUUGAGCGCAGCUGGGG